CGGGGGCGGGGCCGAGCGCCCUUCAUCCCCAGCCUCUGCUGGCUCUGUUGCAGCCCCGCGCUCAGUUGGAGAGCAGAGCAGACCGAGCCAGCCUGAGCCAAGCGCCGCGCGUGCCCACCCACGAGGCCAGAUAGCCUGAUUGUUGGUGUGAGAACUAUACUCCCAGUGGUCGUCCCUGAGCCAUGGAGGUACCUCUGCAGACAGAGAUGGUGGAGCUGGUGCCCAAUGGCAAACACAUGGAGGGGCUGCUCCCAGUCAGCACACCCACAGCAGGCAACCAGAGAGCUGAGGACUCUCGACAGAGCUGUGUGGAAAGUAAGGGCUUCUUACAGAAAAGCCCCAGCAAGGAGCCACACUUCACCGAUUUCGAGGGGAAGACGUCGUUUGGGAUGUCAGUGUUCAACCUCAGCAAUGCCAUCAUGGGCAGUGGCAUCCUGGGACUCGCCUAUGCCAUGGCCAAUACAGGCAUCAUCCUUUUCCUGUUCCUAUUGACGGCCGUGGCCCUCCUCUCUAGCUAUUCCAUCCACCUGCUUCUCAAAUCCUCAGGAAUUGUGGGCAUCCGCGCCUAUGAGCAGCUGGGCUACCGUGCCUUUGGAACUCCUGGAAAGUUGGCAGCAGCCCUGGCCAUCACACUGCAGAACAUUGGAGCCAUGUCCAGCUAUCUGUACAUCAUCAAAUCUGAGCUGCCUCUUGUCAUACAGACAUUCCUGAACCUGGAGGAGAAGACCUCGAUCUGGUACAUGAAUGGGAACUACCUGGUGAUCCUGGUGUCCGUCACUGUCAUUCUGCCCUUGGCACUGAUGCGGCAGCUUGGCUAUUUGGGCUACUCCAGUGGCUUCUCUCUCAGCUGCAUGGUGUUCUUCCUAAUUGCUGUCAUCUACAAAAAAUUCCAAGUUCCCUGUCCCCUGCCUCUCAACUUAGCCAACGUCACUGGCAACUUCAGCCACACAGAAAUCCUUGAGGAGAAAGUGCAGCUGCAAGGAGAACCUGAGGCUGCUGCCCUCUGUACCCCGAGCUACUUCACACUCAACUCACAGACAGCAUAUACCAUACCCAUCAUGGCCUUCGCCUUCGUCUGCCACCCUGAGGUGCUACCCAUCUACACAGAGCUCAAGGACCCCUCCAAGAGAAAGAUGCAACAUAUCUCCAACCUGUCCAUUGCCGUCAUGUACGUCAUGUACUUCUUGGCUGCUCUCUUCGGCUACCUCACCUUCUACGACGGGGUGGAGUCAGAGUUGCUGCACACCUACAGCAAGGUGGACCCAUUUGAUGUUCUGAUCCUGUGUGUACGCGUGGCCGUGCUGACAGCUGUCACACUCACAGUGCCGAUUGUUCUGUUCCCGGUGCGCCGUGCCAUCCAGCAGAUGCUAUUUCAGAAUCAGGAGUUCAGCUGGCUGCGGCAUGUGCUCAUUGCGACUGGUCUGCUCACGUGUAUCAACCUGCUGGUUAUCUUUGCCCCCAACAUCCUGGGCAUCUUUGGGAUCAUCGGUGCCACAUCUGCCCCAUGCCUCAUUUUCAUCUUUCCUGCCAUCUUCUACUUCCGAAUCAUGCCCACUGAGAAGGAGCCUGCAAGAUCCACCCCCAAAAUUCUGGCCCUUUGCUUUGCUGUUCUUGGCCUCUUGCUGAUGACCAUGAGCUUGAGCUUCAUCAUCAUUGACUGGGUCUCAGGAACCAGCCAGCAUGGAGGAAACCACUAGGAUGACCCCAAACCGUUUCGUUUAAUUGUCCUAGUGCCCCUGCCUAGACUCUCCAGCCCCUGCUUCCAUCCAGUGGCUAGUCAGGGGGAGAAAGAUAGGGGAGACAGACAUGGAAAAUACUAUAGCAUUUGGCCCCGCCCAUGUCCUCUCCAUGGAAGGUUUUUGUUAAAGAACUAGGACCAAGGCCCUGGGGCACUACCUGCAGGGCUCCCAAGCUUUAGAGGCUUCCUGAGCUGUGAACAGGGUGGGGUUAUUGCCUCAGAUCCCACUCAAAUCCCUCAUCUCCCUGGCAGAGUUGCAUAUGCUGGGGCCCAACAACUGCUUCCUGAGGUCACAGCCUAGAGGCACACAGAGCUAGAACCCAGGCCUGCAGUCAUUCUUCCACUCUGCUGCAAGGUUAGGGUCUGAACCCAAGGCCUCAUCUCCUCCAUCCCACUUGCUUUCACUCCCUCUAUCCCUUUGGCCCCUUUUGGACACUUGGGCUCAGGCCCUUGAAUACUCUUAUUCUCUUUUCCCAUCCCUUCCAUGAGAGUAGACCCCAUCCAUAGCUGGGGCCACAAGGUUAUGCUGAGGAUAGGGUUAGCAUGGGUCCCCCCAAGGAACCCUAGCCUUGUCCCUUCACCAGUCCUGGGGAGGCUGGGACUCCCCCACCCCAAGCCUGGAUCAUAGCUCACAUUCCACUGCUGGGAGAAGAGGGACCAAGCCUAGAGUGUCCUGCUCCUGGGAGCCAAAGACCCCAAGGGCCAGAAUGGGAUAGGGCUGGGAAGGACUGGCAGCCCCCUUUUAUAAAUAUACAUAAGACCAGCUGUGUUUUAUAUUCUUGGUUUCUAUAGUCCCUGGGUUCCUAGAAAGUGGGAUAGGGUCAGGACAUGGAUAGUGAUGGAGAGCCCCCUGUCUCCUCGCCUGGAUGAGGGUGGAGACAGGGCAAGACCCCCACAUACCCCUUCUCCUGCCUCCCAGUACAACUAAUGGCAUGCUCAGAUCCAGCUCUGGGCCUGGGCCAAGCUCAACACAGACCUGCUUUCUCACGGAGUGAGGUGGGGAGGAAUUAAUGAGGCCCCAGGAAGUGGGACAGAGAGAGGCCUCCGGAAGGAGGCAACGUGAGGUGCAUCCCCAGCAGCUUCACAGAGGGUCUGAGUUGGGGGCAGCUGAGCCCUGAAGAAGCACCAGGAAGGGCCUCUUGCCCUCCCCUGGCUCCGAGGCUGCCAGGUUAACCCUCUGUCAAUGCCUUGAGUCUAGGGACAAAAGUCCAGGGAUCCUAUGCCCCAUUGGGCUGAUCUUUUUAUUAACAGUAAAAUCAACUGUGAAUAAAGGUGGGUUAGUGAGUU